AUGAGCUCAACUACGAAAGACAUGUCUACGGAUUCCACUGGCCUCCCAGGAGAGCCUCGUACGCUAAAGAGCCGUGUACUGGAGGGUGGUACUUCAAUGACCCAGGACUUUACACCAGUCAAACAGAUCUGCGCACAUUUACAUGCAUUCCACGUCUAUGCCGAUGAUCCCACGAGAUGCGUGGAAGCCAACCACUACUGUACUCACUUAAACGAAGAUAUCCGGCAAUGUCUGAUUUACGAUUCCGCCGAUUCUAAGGCGCGCCUCAUCGGUGUCGAGUAUAUGGUUUCGCCUCGCAUUUUCAAGACGCUCCCCGCCGAGGAGCGCAAGUUAUGGCAUACCCACGAAUUCGAAGUGAAAAGUGGACUGCUCAUUAUGCCGACUCCAAACGGGGUACCAAAUGCUGUCUGGGACGUGGCCGAGACCGCGGAGAUGGAGGAUAUCGCGCCGAUCUACGGUAAGACGUACCACAUGUGGCAGGUUGAUCGAGGGGAUCCGGUGCCCAUGGGACCGCCACAGUUGAUGGGCAGCUUCACGUAUGGUGUGGACUAUCGAGAAAAGGCACGCAAGCGGGAGGGCAUCCCCCCGUUGAGAAGCAUCCUGGUGCAUAAUCUGUCGCGCCAAAUGGAACGCCUUCUCAGAUCAGUCCUGCAGAAUCCAAGAGCAGCGGCCAUGACCGUCUUCAAUGGAGCUGGUCUCUUCUGCGCCUGCGCCUGGACGUGGGAGAACGUGGUCACCAUACAAAAGAGCGAAGGGCCGUCAAUGUAUCCGACCUUCAACAUAAGGGGUGAUUGGCUCAUGAUUUCAAGACGGCAUGCGUAUGGCAAGGAUAUCCAAGUCGGCGAUAUAGUGCGAUAUCAUCACCCGUUGAUUCUUGGUGCCCAAGUUGCGAAGCGAGUGGUCGGUAUGCCUGGGGAUUUUGUCUGUCUAGACCCGCCAUACAGCUUUGGGGCUGGCACGCGACCAGACAUGAUUCGAGUUCCAGAGGGUCAUGUAUUUGUAGCCGGCGAUAACCUUCCUUGGUCAAGGGAUUCGAGAACCUAUGGUUCCGUUCCAAUGGGGUUAAUCAACGGCAAAGUCGUCGCUAGAGUCUGGCCACCGUCGCAGAUGGAAUGGGUGCGCAAUCCAUUGCAACCCGUGGAACAAGACAUAUCCUAG